GUCUGCAGCGGCAGCCUCCUGCCAGCUAGAGCACGAGAAGUUCUGCUGCUCUGCAAACUUCUGCCACUAGGUACAAUCUGGGAUUGCGAAGCCUGUUCUGGGCGUCUUCAUAAUACCAAAUGCCUAACACACGUUUCUCAAUUGCUAGUUGACCUUUCUUUGCAGUCCGCCUUCCAUAUCGUUGCCAUUAGCACCAGGACUGGGUUCACGUCCGCUGGACGCUCGUCCGCUGGAACCAUGGGAAAGCUUUGGGGCCGAGAGCCCCCUCUCAUCUUUCUGUAGCGCUAAGCCAGGCUACCUAGAUGAGGCGGCUCAAGCAGCCAGCCAUGCGCUGGAAGCUGCCAGCUGGCGUCCUGGCAUUGGUUGUUUUCGUGCUUGUUGUCCUGGUCAGGCAGGUCAGGUUCAAGCAGGGGGGUACGGUUUCAAACUGGUACAGCAGACCGCGGUUGACGGGGGCCAACUUUGGCGCGGUUGAAAGGGGCUUUGACGAGGGGGGGGCGCUUUGGUCGGCGCAGGAUGAAACGACCAACGUAGAGGAAGAGGAGGUGAAAAGCUGGAAGGAACGCCUACGGCAAGCUGACUUGAACGGGGUUGGACGGCGGACGGGGAAUGCCAAUGAUGGGUGGGCGGAACAUUCGGACGGUCGCACGUCCGGACGUGGUCCGAGGCUAUGGGUGUUUGUGUCCGUUUCGGACACGCAUGGCGUGCACGGAGAUGUCCAUGUUCCGGACGGCGACGUCCUUGUCCAUGCGGGCGGGUUCUCAAGGAAUGGGACUGUGGAGCAGUUGAGGGACUUCAAUGAUUGGCUGGGCGCUUUUCCCCACAGGUACAAGAUUCUGGUCCCCGGAUUGGCAGAUCUCGGUCCCGGCUCCGAGUCGCAGCCACGGCUUCGGGAGCUUCUCUCGCACGCGAACGCGAUUCUUGUAGAUAGCACGUUCGUCCUCCCCGGGGGGGUGGUCAUUUACGGUGCGCCAGCGCCCCCCCCGGGCGAGGAGGACCUAGGAGGGGGGCCCAGCAAGUGGGAUCCCAUCCCCCUGAACAUCGAUGUUUUGGUGACUCAAGGCCCGCGUUAUGAGCCGUAUGACCCGUCGUCGAUUGAGGGGCUAGUGGGGUCCCCGAAGCUAGCGGAGGCGAUAGAAAGGACGAGACCGCGGAUGGUGGUUUUUGGGCACGUGCAACAUUCAUACGGGGUGCUUCGCCAGAUGUACUGCCGACGGCGGGGCUGGCUGCGAUCCUGCCAGGACGGGUUAGAAGAGGUUUCCCAGGAAGAGUGGCCGCUUCGAAUAGAACAGCCGUCAGAAGAACAGCCUUCGGGCUCUGUAUAUUUCGUCAACGCCGCGUUCGUUAUUCCUAGGGUCGACUCCGAUGGAUCACGGUACGAGGAAAGAAGACAGCCUUUAUUGAUUGAGCUAGAAGAAGAGGAGGGGCCCGCCGGCAUCGGGCUUGCCGCGUGGGUGCACAACCGAGGUCAAGGGCCCGGUUGGACCGAGCCACUGCAAUGAUUACGAUACUUACAGUCGUUCCGAGUUCGUCCUUUUGAGUCACUGACUGCCCGCUCUGUUUGAGAUUUUACUUGGUCUUGUUGAUUUGCACUCAUCCCACCAUGCACAACUGACGGGAUGGCUAACAGCGCCCGCGAGCUGCUCCAGGGUUUUUCAAUCGUCUAUAGGAAAGCAAUAACCGGUGACUACCGCCGGGC